AUGGAGUGUCAAUUCGACAAAAAUAAGCAUUUUCGACACAUUCUUUUUGCGUUUAAUCGAAGCGCCAAUGCUGCAAAAGUUGCUCGGGAGAUUUGUGAAGUGUAUGGAGAAGGUGCAAUGCUUGGACGAACUGCAAGAAAUUGGUUUGCCAAAUUCAAAAAUGGAAAUUUCCACCUCGAAGACGCUGCUCGUUCCGGACAACUAAAUGAGUUUGAUGAAGAGCGUUUGAAUCAACUUCUGCAUGAAGACGCACGUCAAACCACUCGAGAAUUAGCCGAACGAAUGCGUUGUAGCCAAAUGACUAUAGUUCGACAUUUUGGGUCUAUGGGGAAA